ACCCCCCUGUGUCUCUCCACUUUUGUCCCCUCUCCGACCCCAGGAGUGUGCAGCUCUCGCUGCAGAGCUCCACACCUGCAGGGAGCAGCUCGUGCAGAGAGAGGAGGAGAUCGCCAACCUGAAGGCGGAGAGAAACAACACCAGGCUGCUGGUGGAACAUUUGGAGUUCCUUGUCUCCGGGCACGAGAGAGCUCUUCAAAAAACAGUCAUACGGCGACAGGCAAAGACUCCGGCCGGCGUGUCCAGUGAGGCGGAGGUGCUCAAGGUCCUCAACUGCAUAUUGGAGAAGGACAAAACCGAGGCUGAAACGGUGUGCCUAGCCACGGCGGUUCUCAAUUUGUCCACAUGCUGUGUGUUCUAGGCACACUGUGUGUGUUUGUGUGACUGGAGUUUCCUUUUCAUCUUCUUGA